CCAGUGACCAUCUGCAGAGAGAGGCUUGGGAAAAAGGACAAGCAGGAAAAUGGCCCGGAUUUCUGGAGGCCUGCUUUAAGGCUGGUCAGUCCUGCCAGAAAGGAAAGGAGGAGGAGGAGGAGACUGGCUCACACCUCUGGAGGUUGGUGAGAAGGAGGCAAUGCAGGGGACAGCUACAGAGGAAGAGCGUGGCAGGUGGCUUUGACCCAAGUGGGUGCAGGAGGGCUUCUACUCCACUGGAUCUGCACACUGCCACGGCACCCUUUGUUAUUUUUUGCAGGAGAUAUUAGGAAUAUUGAGAUCCACCUCCUGCAGCAGCUCUGGUGGUGCUGGAGUUGCUGCUGACCACUACUCUCAACAGGUCUACACCCACCCAGGAACCAUUCAUCUUCCCCCCAGCCAGGUUGUGCCUCUUCUACAAUUUGUCUGUAUUAUUGACUGAGACUGUGCCUGGGAAGGAGGCUGAUUGACUGCUGGACUGGCAAUUGACUCUUGUUUCCAACUUUAUCAUCUGAGUCACCAAAGAUCUGAGUGUGAACAAACAAACCUGUGAGAGAUCGGUGAUUGAGGCUGAGACUUGGGCAGGGGUACCUAACUGGACUUCUUUGUAACUUGUACCAUGACUGGGGCAGAGAUUGAGCCUAGCUCCCAGACCAAGCCUGAAAAGAAGGCUGGGGAAGAGCUUGUGGGUGGGGCUGAGAGAGAGAAUGAAGUCCCUCUGGUGGUCAGACCCAAGGUUAGGACACAGUCCCAGGCAACUACUGGCACAAGGCCCAAAUCGGAGACCAAGUCUGUGCCUGGGGCAAGGCCCAAAACCGAGACCCAGGCAAAGUCUAGAGCAAGGCCCAAAAGUGAGGCCCAGGCAAUGACUAGGUCAAGACACAAAAUUGAUGUCAGGGCAGUAGGUGGUGCUCGUCCUAAAACUCAGGCCAGGGUAAACCCUGAAGCAAGGCCCAGGGAUGAAGCCCAGGUGUGGUCCCAUACUGAGUUUGGGGCUGAGGCAAUGUCACAGUCAGAGGGAGUGACUGAUUCUGUUGUCUGGCCACUUGCCAGUACUGAGCCUGGGUCAGCUACUGAGUCUAACGGCUUGUCUAUGAAUACAGAAUUAGUCAGUGUGGAUGCUGAAACCUUUUGACCCUGCUUCGGACCACGAGAGGAGACUAAUAUGGGGUCUUGGUGCUGUCCCAAAACCAGAGGCAGAGAGGAGUCUGGAUUCUGGUCAACAGAUGAAAUUUCUGCUGUGUCUUAUUUCUGGACAGAAGAAGAGACCAUAAUCAAAUCAUGGCCCAGGGAAGACGGCACUACCAGUUACAGGUACAGGGAUAGAUCCAAGGAAGAACCCUAUAUUGAUUCGUCUGGGUCUGAGUACGAGGCUGGCAACCCAUUUGAUUUCUGGGCUGGAGAAGAUACCAGUAACUGGUUCAGGUCCAGAGACAAGGAAGAGGCGAAGGCCAGGUUCAAGCCCAGGGCAAAGAGAGAGGACUUUUUUGAAUCUGAGUCUGAAGACGAGUUCUGUAAAGACCCCUGGUUUUGGCCUGGAGAAGAGGCCAGUAGUAGAUUCAGGCACAGAGACAAGGAAGAACCUAAUGCCGUCUUGAAAUCCGGGGCCCAGAAAGAUGUUAAUACCAAUGACAGGGUCAAACAAGAGUCCAGGUUUGAGGAGGAAGUCAUUAUUGGGUCCUGGUUCUGGGCAGAAAAAGAGGCCAGUUUGGAGGCUGGAGCUUCAGCAAUCUGUGAAUCUGAGCCAGAGGCUGAGGAGGGGGCCACUGGUGGAUCCUUGUACUGGGCUGAGGAAAAGUCCAGUCUGGGGGCUGUGGCCAGAGAAGAAACCAGGCCAGAGCCUGAAGAAGAGGCCAUAUUUGGGUCCUGGUUCUGGGACAGAGAUGAAGCCUGCUUUGACCUAAAUCCCAAUCCUGUGUACAGGGUCAGUAGCAGGUUCAGAAAUGUAGCUGAGGAGAUUGAUGUAUCUUCUAGUUUCCAAACCUGGGAUGAGAUCAUUGAUGAAUUGAAACCUCGUAUGUAUGACCUUCACUUGCUAGCCACACACCCAUUUAGAAUUCCUAACAGGGAUUCUGAAAUGCUUGAGCCAAAGCCCAACCCAGAAAUGGAAGAGGAGGAAUCUUUGUCUUUGCCUGUGCAGCCUUUCCCUGAGUACCUAGAAUUUGAGUAUGAUCCAUCCUUCCGGGCAAUUCCGGAAGUUCGAGAGCAUCUUAGGGCCAGGGAGAGCUCAGAGCUUGAGAGUUGGUCCUGCAACUGCAUACAAUGUGAGCUUAAAAUUGGCUCUGGAGAGUUUGAAGAAGUCCUUGCAUUAGCCGAUAAAACUCGUGAUCCUUUUAUUCAUGAAAUAUCUAAAAUUGCAAUGGGUAUGAGAAAAGCUUCUCAAUUUACCCGAGAUUUCAUUAGAGAAUCGGGUGUUGUCUCGCUUAUGGAAACUUUGCUCAAUUUUCCGUCCUCCCGAGUUAGGACAAGUUUUUUGGAAAAUAUGAUUCACAUGUCUCCACCUUAUCCAAAUCUAAACAUAAUGGAGACAUUCGUAUGUCAAGUGUGUGAGGAAACCCUUGCUCAUGGUAUAGAUUCCCUUGAGCAGCUGGCUGGAAUAAGGAUGCUUCGACAACUCACUUUGACUACUUGCUAUCACACAUUGGUUGUCAAUUACAUGUCUGGGUUUCUCUCCUUAUUAACCAUGGCCAAUGCGGGAACAAAGUUUCACGUUCUGAAAAUGCUAUUGAAUCUGUCAAAAAAUUCUGCCGUGGCAAAACAACUAUUCAGUGCCAAAGCUCUCUCAGUAUUUGUGGGUCUCUUUAACAUAGAAGAGACAAAUGAUAAUAUGCAAAUUGUUAUUAAGAUGUUUCGGAAUAUCAGUAGGGUUGUAGAAACUGAAAUGGAAGACUUAAUUGAAAAUGAUUUCUGUUUUAAGCCACUUAUUUCCGCAUCUCGUGAGUUUAAGAAGUUAGCUAAGCAACUACAAGUGCAAAUAGACAAUCAAAAUGAUCCAGAGGUGGGACAACAAAGUUAGUAUCAUUAACCACCUGCCGCUGACCAGCCUUAUGUUCCCAAAGAGCCCUGAGUAGUGCUUUGGUGUUCACGAUGUGGUUUUAUGUUGUAACUUAUAUUUUUAAUGCUGAUGUUAACUUUGUCAAACUCUUGUUUUGAGCUGGAUCACUUUGUGGAUGCCAAAUGAAUAUUAGACCUGGAAACAUAUUUGUUGAUAUUUGUCUUGCUGUCCAGAUUGUGAUAUUUUUCAGUAUUCUGCUUCUGAUGAACUGAGUCACCUGAGUAAGCUAUCCUGCUAUUCGUUGUUUAAAUAUAUGAUUCUCUAAUAGAGUCUGUGUUUUCAAUAAAGUUCUAUCUUAAAAUUGGCA